AGGAGGAGGUUCUACAUGUGUUCUGUGGCCAAUCAUGUCAUGAACUGCGGAUUUGUUGGAUGGGUAGAUGAAGAAUGGCCAGAAACCAUGCAAAGUGCACUGAGGAGGCUCUGGUCAAUGUACCAUGAGAGCCACAGUCAGAGAAUAGAUGAGAGGCUUGAGAAUGCAAGAUUGAUGCAAGUUUUGGUUGAUGAGAAGAACAAGGCUAAGAGUAACUACAAUACCCUGAUGGCUGAUGUUACCAAGAUGUUGGAAAGUACUCAGAAACAAGUGAUGGCUGAUAACCUGAAGAAGAUGAAUGAAGAGAAGGAAUACAUAUUUGACUUGACCAGGGCAGAACUUGAGGCUGAGGUGAUUAAGCUGAAUGAGAAGGUUGCAGAGAUGGAGGAGGAGAAGAGUCGGUAUUUGGAGAUGAAAGGGAAGUAGGAGAAAGAAAUGGAAGAUCUGAAGGAGCAGAAGAAGAAGGCAGAGUAUACUUUGUUUGAUGCCGUGAAAGUUAGCUUUGCUAACAAAGAGAAGCUGGCGAAGAUCAAAGAGAUUUGUGCUGACAUGUAGUAGUUGUAAUAGGUACCACUAUUAUGAGUUGUAUCGGUUAGCUGAACAAUGUGCUAUUUGUCGAUGUGUAAUGUGCUCAAUGAACCAUGUGUAAUGUGCUCAACUUAUACUGAUGAAUCUGAACCCUAAAUGUCAUGUGUUGUGUGUUAAAUUUGUGUUGAC